AUGGCGAUCAAGCUUAUAGCAGUAGUGUUUUUUUUUCUCGUCCCGGCCUUUGCUGAGUCCAGCGACAGGGAAGAAAACGGUUUUGGUGAAAGUGCUUAUGCGGUGCAUUGGGAUCCUCCUCAAGAAAAAGGUUUUGGGGCAAGUGCUUAUAAGGUGGAUUGGAACCCACCUUCGAAAGAAAAAGGUUUUGGGGCAAGUGCUUAUAAGGUGGAUUGGAACCCACCUUCGAAAGAAGGUUUUGGGGCAAGUGCUUAUAAGGUGGACUGGAACCCACCUUCGAAAGAAAAAGGUUUUGGGGCAAGUGCUUAUAAGGUGGAUUGGAACCCAGAAGAUACACAUUCCAAAGAAAAAGGUUUUGAGGCAAGCGCUUAUAAGGUAUCUUGGAGUCCAGAUGGUGCACCUUCUGCUUCCUACAUUCCUGAAGCACCAACAAAACACAAGCAUAUAAAAGUUCAAACCGGCAUGUUAUUCCUGGAGAAGAAUUUGCACAUCGGCACUACACUUCCUAAAGGAACCAUGUUUGCACGAGAUGGUGCACCAAAGUCUGUUCAUUUUGCCUCUACUCCAUUGGAGUCAAAGUACUUGACAACCAUCCUUUCACAUUUCAUGAUACCUCAUGGCUCGACCAAGGCAAAGCAGGUAGCUGACCCCCUUCGUUCAUGCGGCAAACCGGUUGACAAGGAGGAGCCUCACAUGUGCUUCUCAUCUCGUGAAGCAAUGUCAAGGUUCGCCACCAGAGAAUUAGGGGUCAGUGGUGCACGAGCAGCCAUUACAAGUGAAAGAUCGAUUCAUGGGAAUGAGACCCCCAACUCCAUGUACGUUGUGGAACAGAUCACCCAACUCAACAAUAACGUGGUGCCAUGCCAUCCUAUGAAUUUUCCGUACGAGGUUUUUUAUUGCCAUCGGUCGAAAGAGGUGCAGUCUUUGAGGGUGCAACUCAAGGGUUUGAAAGAUGGCAUGCCGCAUGUGACGGCAAUAGCCAUGUGUCACAUGAACACAUCUAAUUGGGACACCCAGUACUUUGAGCUAUUAGACGGAAAGCGUGGUGAACGUAUUUGCCACUACAUGCCUACCAAUUACAUCAUGUUCUAUUAG